GCCGCGCUUGCAACUCCGGCCAGCUCGACCGGAGCCGAAGCCAAGCAACUCCGGCACGAGCAAGAGUCCCCGUACGGCGUGCGCUCUACUACCAUACCAUGGCGCGAUUCCUCGUUAUCGUGGCCACCGCCGUGCUACUGUCUGCGGCGGGCGCGACGGGCCAGCAGAAGGGCUGCGGGAACGCGACGUUCCCGGCCGGCCGGUCGUUCGAGCGGUGCAACACCCUGCCCGUGCUCGGGGCCAGCCUGCACUGGACGUACCACGCGGCGAACGGCACCGCCGAGCUCGCCUUCCGCGCGACGUCGGGCAGCGCCAGGUGGGUCGCCUGGGGCAUCAACCCCAGCGGCGCCGGCAUGGCCGGCAGCAACGUGUUCGUCGCCUCGCAGGGCGGCAGCGGCGCCGUGUCUGUGCUCACCACCAUCCUGAGGUCCACGGCCCCGGCCCUGGACAACACCACCCUCCAGUUCGACGUGCCGGUGCCGCCCACCGCGGAGUACGCGGCCGGCGCGUACACGAUCUACGCGACGGUGGCGCUGCCGGGGAACUCCACGCAGCAGAACACGGUGUGGCAGGCGGGGCCGCUCAGCGGCGGGGACAUAUUGCCGCACCCGACGUCCGGGCCCAACUUGCAGAGCCUUAUGCAACUGGACUUUCUCUCCGGCUAGAGCACCCUCCGCGCCGAGGCCGAGAGGUCUCCGCGCCACGCCGCACAGUCACGAUGCGUAUGGGUUAUACUACUACGUAAUUAUUCGUUUUUAGGUACUAUGUGAUAAUUCCUCCGUUUUAAAAUAGAUGACUCAACUUUAUACUAAUUUUAUACUAAAGUUAAUACAAA